AUGGCUUCCUACGGACCCAUCUGCUUCACCAAGAUUCUUGGUGUGCGUGAUGAGGACGACAUUCCCCCCAAGGAGAGCGUGGCCAACGCAGUUUCGGAGAACCCGCGCAAUGGGUCGCUCACCUUGCCUCCAGCGCCAACUGCACCUGGCGGACCUCUUGGUCUUGCUAUGGUGACUAGGAAGUUCUGGUUGGCUGGUCGCGAGUUGAAGAUUGGUUUCCAGGGAGGCUCUACCUGGCAGAAGGACAAAGUCAAGAAGUAUGCCCCAGAGUGGUGCCAGUACGCCAACAUCAAGUUCACCUUUGUCAACUCGGGAGAAGUCGACAUCCUCAUCUCCUUCAACCCUGGCUCAGGCUCCUGGUCCUAUCUAGGGACAGACAGCUCCUGGUUUAGCUCGCAGAAACGUCCAUCCAUGAACCUCGGCUGGAUCAACGACAACACCCCCGAGGAUGAAAUCAAGGGCGUCAUUCUCCACGAGUUCGGCCACGCCAUCGGGGCCAUCCAUGAGCAUGAGAGCCCUUAUGCGAACAUCCCCUGGAACAAGGAACAGGUCUACAAGGACCUUGGUGGCCCUCCCAACAAGUGGGACAGAGCCACUGUUGACAACAACAUGUUCACUCUCUACUCGCUUGAUGAGGCUCAGGCCAGUGAUUUUGAUCCGGACAGUGUCAUGCUGUACUACUUCCCUGCCAGCUGGACCACCAAUGGCAAGGGCACCAAGCAGAACAACUCCUUGUCCGCGACCGACAAGGCCUACGCCAAGUUUUCGUAUCCUGCUGAUGCCUUUGAUGCUGGGCAGUUCAACACCAUGGAGGUCCGCCCUUGGGACAAGCCUCAGGCAAACAACGACAAGGUCAUCUACUACCAGAAGAAGUAUGACGCUGUCCCUGAGAUCCCACUUGGCAUCACUUCCCUCGACAUCAGCAAGGAUGCCAACAUCCGCAUCAGAGCUCUCGCCAAUGACCCAACCACAGAGAAGUUCAAGGCUUCUCUUCAGAGCUGGGCAGACACCACACUCUACUCAGCCUCCAUGACCUUCUUGGAGAAGAGUUCCCGCUUCAGCUACAUACAGACCGGCGUCUACAACACUCAAGAGACCCGUCCCUGGAACCAGCCCCAGUUGACCCAGUCCAAGCGCAUCAACUUCAAGACACCCUUCAAGAGCCCACCCAAGGUCAUCACCUGGCUGCAGUCCCUCGACAUGGACAAGAAGAAGAACUGGCGCAUCAAGGUGUAUCCCACUGAUAUCGACGCCAAGGGCUUCACCAUCCACGCCGACUCAUGGGCCGACUCGAUCCUCUACAGUGCGGGCGUGACCUGGCUCGCCUACCCAGCCGACCAGCAGGGUGUUGCCAGCGGCAAAUUCAGCACGCAGGAUGUGCGCCCGUGGGACAAGCCGCAGCAUGAGAACUCGGGUGUCUUCAACUUCCAGCAACCGUUUUCCAAGGUGCCCAAGAUCAUCAUGGCGAUUGACACGCUGGACUACGACCACAACAAGAAUCUGCGUGUGAGGCUGAGCACGUCUUCGGUUACCAACACGGGGAUCACAUGGCAUUUGCAGAGUUGGUGGGAUAGUGUCAUGUACGUUGCUGGUGCUUCGUUCUUUGCUUGGACUUGA